UAUUGUUUUUGUUCAACAGGUUGCUCUUGCUGCCCUUCUCGCUGUUGCCUCCGCCAUGCCAACAAUCCUUCACGGAGAUGCACAUAUUACAGCUGUUGCUGCUACUCCAGUUCUUGCGACAGGUCUUCAAACAGUCCUGCAUCCCGAGACAAUUCAAGUUCAUGAACCAACUAUCGCAAAGGUUGGAGAUAUUGUUGAAAAGAUCCCGACGGCCGUAUCACAUCAACGCAUCACUUCCGUAUUGGAUCAUGCCAAUGUAGUUACGCCAAUUGUUGCUCCCGCCGUAAGGACUUACACUCAACAUCUUCUUAAGACCUAUUCAUCCCCAGUCGUCUAUGCAGCUUCCGCUCCUAUUGUUAAUGUCGUUCGUGAUUAAGUGAGCUGACUCUGACGUGACUGAAUCAAUUGUUUGUAAUUAACAACAAAUUUUAAGAGAUCAGCCUGCUCAUGGAUGAAUAAAUAUUUUGAUUAAAUAGAAAAAGUGAUU